AUGUCAGAUGCUGUUAAUUUUCAUUUUAUUUAUGCACAACAUUCACCACAUACAAUCAAUAAUCAUAUUCGAAAACAGCAAUCGACUAGUAAACUUAUUAAUACAUGUCUUUCGACAGCUGCUCAAUAUCUUAAUCGAACUAAAAGUUUUCAUGUACCACCAAAUACAACGAUUAUAAAUAACAAAUAUAAUAAAAAUUCUCAUCAAAAAGAUUGUUUAACAAAUAAUCUUGAUUUAGCACAAUCUGUACCUUCAAAUAUCAAUAAUUUUAAUUCAACAUUAGCUAUUCAUAGUCUUCCAAUAACACCAAUAAUUCAUCAUGAACAUCGAUUACAAACGAUUUCAUCAGAAAUAAAUUUAAAUGAAAAUAAAAAAACACAAGGUAUUGUAUCUACUUUACGUCGUUCAUUAAAAAAAAAUAAAGAACGAUUUUAUAAUAAACGAUCAACAACAAUGAAAUCAUGUAAUUCAUUAAUUAAUUAUGAACAAUCAAGAUAUAUUCAACCUCAUCUAUCAAUGACACCAAUAUUAACUUUUCGUCAUGAAUAUCUAGAAAAUAAUACUGAUUCAUGUUCAACAAUAACAAUGAAAAAUUAUAGUUCGACAACUUUAGUUGAUAAUAAUAAUGAUGAUGAAUUAGAAGAUAAUGAUCAAAUACGUAAGAAAUUUAUAUUUGAUCUACAGAAACAAAAUGAAGAAUUCAAUUUUUAUAAAUCUAAUAAAGUCAACAAAUUGAAUCUUAUGUCUGUCUAUUUCGUUUUUACUUCAUGUGAAUUGAGAAAAAGAGAACGAACAGUUAUGUCGACAGCUUUAUCUUGUAUGUAUUUUGAUAAAUCAAAAUCUCCACUUCAACCAUUAGGUGUGAAUGGACGAAAUCGAAUACUUACUAAAAGUCCUAUACCUCCAUUAUCAUCAUCACCCGUUGUUCAGCAUCAACAGCAAGCAGUUAAUUUACCUCCAGCAGCAUCAUUGCAAUCACUUCCAACAACAACAUCAAACGUUACAGAUUCCAGUCCCACAGAAAAUGUUCAACAACAACAAAUAACAAACUCUGAUUAUGAUGAAAAAGAAAGAUUAAAAAAUGAUUUAAUACAAUUAAAAACUGAAUUACAAAAGUCUAAAGAAACAAUAGCACGUUUACAAAAAAGUGAAGAACAAAUGCGUGAAAGAUUAGCAGAACAAGCUCAACGACAAUUAGAAAAAGGUGGUAAAUUUGAAGAUCUAAAUCAAGUAUCUCGUCCAACCGAGUUAAUUCGUUCAUAUAGUUCACUUUAUUCUCAAGCUCGUAUUGAUGCUCUUGAUGCAUUAGAUAAUAUACGUGAAAUGUCUGAUGCUGAUGAUCUUAAAUCAAAAUUAUUAUUUUCCGUUGUUGUCCUUGCUUUUCGUCAUGCACAAAAUCAAGCAAAAGAUAUACGAAAUAAAAUUAAACAAAUUCUACAAUUAAGCAAUGAUAAAAGUUCAAUUGUUCUUGAAGAAACAAUUGAAAAAUAUUUAAGAACUAGUAUACAAAAAUAUGAUGUCGGAAAAAUUACUUUUGAAGUCGAAAAUCAGUUAUGGACUACUCUAUAUGAUUAUCCAAAAUUAAAAUCUUGUAAUGAAUUACUCAAAUAUAUCUAUUCCGCAUGUCGAACUGCAUGGGGUCUUGUUAAUCAAACACCUUCAUAUUAUAUUGAAUUUCAAACAACAAAAUAUGAUAAACAAAUUCAUGAACGUUUUCAUACAUCGGAUAAUGAAAGUGAAACAAUUAUUGAAUAUAUAUGGCCAUGUUUAAUUGAUGGACGUGAUCGGACAUGUGUAGCAAAAGGCGUUGUUAUAACUGAUGAACGAUAUUUAUCAAUACCGAAAAAUCAAUUAUCCUAG